CUGCGCGCCCGCCGCCCGCGCGGGGCCACGCGGGGCUCGGGGGCCGCGGCGGGGCCGGACCGGGCCGGGCCCGAGCGGCGGCGGUUGGGACCCCGCGGGCACCGGCGCCUCUCCGCGGAUGGACGGCGAGCCGCCAGCCGGGCCCCAGGCCCGCGGCCCCGCCGCGCGGGGAGCGGAGCCGGGGGAUGGCACCGGGGCGGCCGGGGCGCUGCCCACCCCCGGCACACGCAGCGACGCCUCCGCAGCCCCCGGCGACAGGCCCGUGGCCGUGUCGGUGGUCUCCAACUCAGCCUUCGAGGGGGCCCCUCCACCCUACUCGCCCCCGGACCCCAAGAGCUUCCACCUCCUGUACCCGCCGUUCCCAGCCGGCUAUUCCCAGCAAGGCCCUGUCAUUUACCCGCCGGGGCCGGGACCGCGGCCCUUCCCAGCCCCGGGCUUCCCCCCCGGGCCGCUGCCCUACAGCGCGUACCACCCGCAGCUGGGGCCCUCACCCGCCGGCCGCGGGCACCAGCGGCCCAAGGACUACACGGUGGAGUCGGUGCUGGUGACCCUCUUCUGCUGCCUGAUCACCGGGGUCAUGGCCCUCGUCUACUCCCACGAGACCCGGGCUGCGCUCGCCCGUGGGGACAUGGCCCAGGCGUACCUGGCAUCCAAAAAAGCGCAGUCGCUGGUCCUCAUCAGCCUCCUCUUCGGGUUGUUCGCCUCCAUCAGCUGGAUCGUCUACGUGCUGGUGUCCCUGUACCUGUGA